CUUUCAGAAGAAAAUGUUAUUAGAAUGGUUAGUGUUGAAGAGGUUCAAGUUAAACUUUCUUUUAAUAUUAAAGAUGAAAUUAUCUUGACUGAUAAUGAUUUGGAAAAUGUUCUCAAUCAGAUGCAUUGUGAAAAAGUAUAUUUGAAAGUUGUUGAUGGUAUCUACGUUAGCGAACCUGGCACGGUAGUUAAAGAUUGUGAAGUUCUGAUUUAA